AUGAGUAGACCCAGCCCCAGGACCAUGAACAACAGCACCUGCCCCAUCUCCAGCUCCCCGCUGGCCAAACACAUCUACCACGCCUACCUGGGCCUGCUGCUGGUGCUGGGCCUGCUGCUCAACAGCCUGGCGCUCUGGGUGUUCUGCUGCCGCCUGCGCAAGUGGACGGAGACCCACAUCUACAUGGUCAACCUGGCCGUGGCCGACCUCUGCCUGCUCUGCACUCUGCCCUUCAUGCUCGCCUCCCUGAAUCAGCCCAACAACGAAGACACGGUGCUCUGCCAGCUCUCCCAGGGCAUCUACCUGGCCAACAGGUACAUGAGCAUCAGCCUGAUUAUGGCCAUCGCUGUGGACCGCUACGUGGCGGUGCGGCACCCGCUGUAUGGCCGCGGGCUCCGCUCCCCGAAGCAGGCGGGGGCCGUGUGUGCGGUGCUCUGGGUGCUGGUGGUCGGCUCCCUGCUGCUUCGCUGGGUCCUGAAGGAUCAAGAGGGCGGCUUUUGCUUUGAGAACGCGUCCCGGCAAAACCCCCAAACCGCGGUCUUCUCGCUGUUGGGCUUCUACCUGCCGCUGGCCGUGCUGGUCUUCUGCUCUCUGCAGGUGGUGACUGCCCUGGGCCAGAGGCCAGCUGCCGACGUGGGCCAGGCGGAGGCCACCCGGAAGGCUGCCUUCAUGAUCUGGGGGAACCUGGUGGUGUUCGUGGUCUGCUUCCUGCCCUUGCACGUGGUGCUGACGUGGCGGUUGGCCACGGGCUUGAACACCUGUGUCGUUCGGGAUGCCCUCCACAUUACUAGCAAGGUCUCGGAUGCCAAUUGCUGCCUGGAUGCCAUCUGCUACUACUACAUGACCAAGGAGUUCCAGGAGGCAUCCGCAUUAGCCGGGGCGCCCGCCGCCAAGGCUCACAAGAGCCAGGACUCUCUGUGUGUGACUCUGGCCUAG